AUGGUUAAGAAGGGUGCUGCCCCUGACGCCUGGGACGAUGACUGGGAAUCUCAAGCCGAUAAGCUGGACGCCCAGGCGCAGGUGCUGCCCGAAUCGCAGACGCCCCUGAGCAAGGCAGAGCGCCUGGCUCGGCAUGCAGAGUCGAAUCGCAAGCUCUGGGAACAAGCCGACUCCCCUGCGCCGCUGUCCUUCCUUGACUCUCAGCCUGCUGUACCCCUAGCCACGGGCUUCAAACCGCAGGUCAAGGUGCUCAGUCGCAAGCCUGCACCACAGAUGAUCGCCCGCCGCGACCCUGUCACCGGUCUUUCUCAGCUCUCCCUCGCCGAUGACGACGAUGCAGAUAAUGCGUCCGAGAAGAAGCCGCAGCUCACGCCGGAGGAAAUCAGGGCCAAGCAGCAACGUGAGCUUGAGGAGAAGCAGCGCCGGUAUGAGGAGGCCCGCGCCAAGAUUUUCGGCGAGUCGAACCCUUCUUCUGGUGCCUCCACACCCGGGACCGUCACGCCACCGAGAGGGUCUGGCAUUGAGGGUGGCAGAGGGAGCCAACGAGGCAGGGGACGCGGUCGUGGAGGUGGUCACAGAGGCAACUCCAGUAGGCAGGAGGACAGCAGAAGACCCGGCAGUAGGUCUGACGCUGGUCGUUCUGAGAGCGGCCGCGAACUUUACGAUCCCAACUACUCUUCUAGGGGUGGUGCCUUCCUACAGAAACGCGGGAGCGAUUCUGGCCACCAGUCAGGACGGUCUACUCCUAGAGACGACGAUCAGCCUAGACAGGCUAUUCGGGCACCACGCGGACCAGAUGGGAGUGGAAGAGGAGGAUUCGGCUUUGCCAGUCGUGGCACCAAGGAAGGUUGA